CGAAGUCUUUACAAAACACUACCGAUGUUCUAUUGAUUAGUCUAAGCAUUUCUGAUUGGCUUCAAGCGGUACUCGGAAAGCCGGUGGUGAUUUACGGAAAUGUGGUUGGCUGGUGGAAUGCCGACAGAGCGCUGUGCGUGUUUUACGGACUAUCUACGGCGGCUCUUGGGUUUGUUAGCCUGCUUCAUCUCGCUGCGCUCGCCUUUCAGCGAUGGCUGGCGAUCACUAAACCAAUGACGUACAAGACCAUCUGCGAUAAGCGCAUUUACCCGCUUGUGGGCACCCUGUGGGCAUGGGGUAUGCUCUGGGCCGUAUUUCCGGUACUGGGGUGGUCUGGGUACGAGUUGGAGCCUGGGGAGACUGGAUGUGCGAUCACGUGGAAUGACCAAAGCACCACAAACAAGUCGUAUAUUUUUAUCAUCUUCGUGAUUUUUUUCCUUCUCCCUAUGACGCUUGUGAUUGGCUGUUACGCAUGGGUGGCGAAGUUAGCCCGUAACAUGUCAACGGAUGCACUUGCAAGAUGGGGAAGAGAUGCCGCCGCGUCUCAAGCAACUCUAAGGUCUGAGAAGGAAAAUGCCUGGACAUCAUUUGUGAUGUUCCUGGGUUUCCUGAUUGCAUGGUCACCAUACGCCAUAGUUUCGCUAUACUCAGCCAUCACGGGUGAACGAGUGUCACCAGAGGCCGCCACGAUUCCAGGAAUGCUAGCCAAAUCUGCAAGCUGUUACAACCCCCUCAUCUACGUCUUUCUUUACUCCCGGUUCCGACGAGCUCUGAGCAAACUGACGAGGCGUGGCUUAGUACAACCUGUCGAUCAGACCUUUCAUGGAACCGCAAACGCUACGAUUCGAAGCGUCCACAACAGAACAACCACUUCUUCCAGGACGGUGACUUCUACAAAACACUCACUAGAGGUCAUCAAGGCUUGAAUCCACGUGUUCAUGUUUAUGUUUUUAAUUUAAAGAGCUGUUAUCAGCAGCACCUGUACUUUUAUCCCAUAUUGUAAG